CUGGCAGCCAUAACAGACACAAUAAGUUCAGCAAGCUAUGCCUUACGCACCUUGCGGGAAGAAUUGACAAUAGAUCAACUUUUAAACGUAUACUAUGCGCUUGUUGAAUCCAAGCUAAGAUAUAGCAUCAAAUUCUGGGGCAAUAGCUAUAAAUAUAAUAUGAAAAAAGCAUUUACUGCUCAGAAAAGAGCUAUAAGAGCAAUGGUAUGCGUUCCGCCUUGGGAAUCAUGUAAAGAAUACUUCAAAAAGCUAAAAGUUCUUACAGCACCCAGCGUGUAUGUUUUGAUACUUCUGACUGAUGUUAUAAAAAACAGGCAUUUUUAUGAAAGUGAUGAAGAAAUGAAAGAGAGAGAAAGCACCAGAAGGAUGGACUUGACUUUGCCUAUUAUACCUAAAAUGGAAAUUGUAAAACACUGUCCUCGUAGGUUUCCUUUUCACAAUGUUUUAUUUCCUAUUCCUAACCAUAAGGAAAGUAUUUUAGUAUAUUAUUUAAACGAUUAA